AUGGAGACCCUCGAGCGUCAGGAUCAGCUUUCCCGUUCAUCAUCCACCGACUCCGCCAGUGAGAUCAACUCCGCAACAUCAAAGGCCACCACUACCACUACCACUACCACCACCGGUAUUACCUUCGGCCUGAACCCGGAAACCGUAUCGGAUCGUCUCGCGGUCAUUAUGCAACAGGUUGCCGCCCACUCGGGUUUUUCGCAAGAAGACUCCGUCACCAUCCACCGUUGCCUGGAUGCCAUCGAAUCAGUCUUGGACCCGCGCGCCCAGCUCACAAACGAGGUCAUCAAAUAUCGACCCCAACGUCCUCGGUCUUGGACAACAAUAACAACAACAACAACAACAACACCGCCACCAAUAACGAAAUCAGUCGGUUUGCUCGCUCCGGACAUCCAUUGUUCGCCCUCCGUCAUGGAACCCAAGACAGAUCAUCAACAGUUGACAGUCCUUCUCAAGGAUGUCACCAUGCUCCAUACAGGUCUGCAGCAACGACGUAAAGAGGCCAACCAGAUCUAUAAAACCUUCCGUCGCAAAUGUCGAGGCUUAGAGGAAAGAAUUGUGGAGCUGGAAGAGGAAGUGGAUGAACUACAAACGGGUAUGCAGGAAAACUCAGUCGAGCUGGAAGGACUGCGUGGCACAGUGCGUGGACUAGAAUCGUGGGUCGAAGGGUGGCAGAUGCAACAUGGCUGGACCGAGGCGAAGCGUACAUCCCGGCCAUCAGCCAAACGCGGACGAUGGGGGAAACGAAAAACAGAGGAUGCCAGGGAUGCUGAGAGCGAUGUGUUGGUCGAAGGAAUCAAUGCUUGGAUGCGAGGGUGGAAGGAUGUAGAAGAAGGCUCUCGAUUGAGAGAGCAAGGCCGCAGAUUAAGAAGAGACGAGCGAUUGAGACAUGCUGAUCGGUGA